GGGGACGGGACGGGACGCGGCCCGGCACCCGCGGGGAGAAUGGUGAAGCCGCCCCCAACCCCCGCGGCGGGCCGGGAGGCGGCGGCGGAGGAGCCGAGCCGGGCCCGGUCAGCCCUCCGGUGGGGCUGAGGGGGCUGAGCCGUGCCCCGCCGGGUGGUCGCUAACGGAAGGAUGACCACUCCCGCCCUGCUGCCGCUCUCCGGGCGGAGGCUGCCCCCCCUGAACCUGGGGGCCUCCGCCUUCCCCCACCACAGGGCUACCUUGAGACUCUCCGAAAAAUUUAUCCUGCUCCUUAUUCUUAGUGCCUUCAUCACCCUGUGCUUCGGGGCGUUCUUCUUCCUCCCCGACUCCUCGAAGCACAAGCGCUUCGACCUGGGCUUGGAGGAUGUGCUCAUUCCUCAUGUGGACACCAGCAAAGGGGGCAAAAACCUCGGCGGCUUCCUCAUCCACGGGCAGGGGCACGACGAGCACCGGCACAGAGAAGAAGAGGAACGUCUGAGAAAUAAGAUCCGAGCAGAUCAUGAAAAGGCUCUGGAAGAGGCUAAGGAGAAAUUGAAGAAAUCACGUGAUGAGAUUCAAGCUGAGAUACAGACAGAAAAGAACAAAGUAGUGCAAGAGUUGAAAAAGAAAGACAGCAAGCCACUGCCCCCUGUUCCUUUACCAAACCUGAUAGGGAUAAACAGUGGAGAACCAGCAGACCCGGAUAUCCGAGAGAAGAGGAACAAAAUUAAAGAGAUGAUGAAGCAUGCCUGGGACAAUUAUAGGCAAUAUGGAUGGGGACAUAAUGAGCUCAAACCAAUUGCCCGGAAAGGACAUUCCACCAACAUAUUUGGAAACUCACAAAUGGGUGCUACCAUAGUAGAUGCAUUGGAUACUCUUUAUAUCAUGGGGCUUCACGAUGAAUUCAGAGAAGGACAAGAAUGGAUUGACAAAAAUCUUGAUUUCAGUGUGAAUUCCGAGGUGUCUGUUUUUGAGGUCAAUAUUCGCUUCAUUGGUGGUCUUCUAGCAGCAUACUACCUUUCAGGACAAGAGGUUUUCAAGAUCAAAGCUGUGCAACUGGCAGGAAAACUUCUUCCAGCCUUCAACACACCUACGGGUAUACCAUGGGCAAUGGUGAAUCUGAAAAGUGGUGUGGGUCGAAACUGGGGCUGGGCUUCUGCGGGCAGCAGCAUCCUCGCUGAGUUUGGUACUUUGCACAUGGAAUUUGUCCACCUCAGCUAUUUGACAGGGGACCCCGUAUACUACAACAAGGUCAUGCACAUUCGGAAGUUACUUCAAAAAAUGGAUCGUCCUAAUGGACUUUAUCCAAAUUAUUUGAAUCCAAGAACAGGCCGGUGGGGUCAGCAUCACACAUCCGUGGGCGGGCUGGGAGACAGUUUUUAUGAAUAUUUAUUGAAAGCCUGGCUUAUGUCAGACAAGACGGACACGGAAGCAAGGAAAAUGUACGACGAUGCAAUUGAGGCCAUAGAAAAACAUCUCAUCAGAAAGUCCAAUGGAGGACUGACCUUCAUCGGGGAGUGGAAGAAUGGGCACCUUGAAAGAAAGAUGGGCCAUUUGACCUGUUUUGCGGGGGGAAUGUUUGCCCUUGGAGCGGAUGGUUCCAGAGAUGAUAAAGCUGGACAUUAUUUGCAGCUUGGAGCUGAAAUUGCACAUACGUGUCAUGAGUCAUAUGACAGGACAACAUUAAAGCUGGGUCCAGAAGCAUUCAAAUUUGAUGGUGGUGUAGAGGCGGUGGCAGUACGGCAGAAUGAGAAGUAUUACAUCCUAAGACCAGAGGUGAUUGAGACCUACUGGUAUAUGUGGAGAUUCACCCACGAUCCCAAGUACAGGCAGUGGGGCUGGGAGGCAACACAGGCAAUUGACAAGUAUUGCCGAGUCAGCGGUGGCUUUUCUGGUGUCAAGGAUGUCUAUUCCUCGUCUCCUACUUACGAUGACGUACAGCAGAGCUUUUUCCUUGCUGAAACUUUGAAGUAUUUGUAUCUGCUUUUCUCCAAUGAUGACCUUCUACCAUUAGACAACUGGGUUUUUAACACAGAAGCUCAUCCUCUGCCUGUUUUACAUUUAGCCAACACCACACUGUCAGGAAAUCCUGCAUAUCGAUAAAAACAGCUCUAUGAAGAGGAAAAGAGACUGUUUUCAGCUCUGAUUUGUUUACAUGGACCACUUGAGACUUUUAAGCAGGAGAGGAGACGGACACUUGAUAAAACUAGACUUCUGAGUCAAGCAAAUACUGGCGUGAGAAACAAAGCUCUUCAACAUAUAGAUAAGUUAAAACUGAAAGAAGUUCUGUUUUAUACAUGACCAAAACACAUUAGUGUGGUAUUUGCAGGACAGAGACUUCAUGCGCUUUGAACCCUAGCAAGACAUGGAAUCUACUGUUUAAUAUGAACACAGCAGCGUGAGGAAGAAGAGGCUUUCCCAUCCAGGGAGAGGACCUUGCUGCUGUUGGCUGUUGCGAAGAACAGCAGACCAGUCACCUCUUCAGAUCGGGUGGGUUCCAAAUACCUAGAUUUUAUUUUUCUUUUUUUUUGUGUUUGAUGAUGGCAUGAACAAAGCGACAAAAAAAAGCAACAUCACUGCACCAGCAGCAUCAGGAUUUGGAUUUUUUUCUGUACCUGUCUGAGUUUUCUAAGGAGCAUCUGUUUGUCCAGACUGGCAGCCAUUCUCAGGGGCCUCUAAGCCAUUAAAACUCAACUCCAAACUAUAAAAAAAUAUCGCCUCCUCAGUUCCUCUUUUCAAAAGAAUUCUGAAAGAUCUGUGCUGUACGCUUACAUCCAGAAAAAAACAUUUAGUAAGCAUUUGGUUUGUAGUUCACUGUCAGCAACGUGGGCUUAGUUCAUUUGGCAAGCUGCAGUCACAGAGCGUGGAGCAUAUCGCAGGGGUAGGAAGAAGCCUAAGUUUCCCUUCCUCACAAAUCCUGUCACGUGGAAAAAAAAUUCUCUUAUUAGUCCUGGUUCUUUUAGCUAAAUAAACAGAGAUGACAACAUGAGAAAGACAGUCUCUCAUGAUU